AUGAACGAAGCAAGACGUAGAAAGCAUGAGAGGACAAGUGUGAGCAAAGGCACAUUGGUGACACGACCUGAGGAGCCAACCAAGGGCAAAAUGUUGGAAGACGAAUUGGGAAUCCCCAAUAGCAACGAGCUCGUAAUUGACACCCCCAUCACCUCCAAAGAGGACGAACAGAAGGCCAACGAUCACAUGACAACACAGCAUACCAUCUAUGUUCUGGCUCUAUCUAUUUUCAUCCAGUAUCAGGACAGAGACUGGUGGGACUUCUUCGGCACCCUCGGAGACACUGUGAAGGGUGAAAUCAGCACCAAAUACCUUGACAAUGACGCUGUACCAGAUGGUGAUGGAGGGGGUCCGCUGCUCUACGAAGGAAAGGUUGUGGGGCUGGUGUCUUGGGGAUACUACUGUGGUGAGCCUCCCUACCCCUCAGUCUACACACGUGUCUCCAGCUAUGUGGACUGGAUCACUGAGAGGACAAAUGGCUCACAGCUGUAUCACUAG